AUGAAAUUUUUAGCACCAAUCAAUUUAAUUUACAUACUUUUAUUUAGUAAAUUAACAAUAUCAAAUAAAGCACCAAAGAUUAAGAAAAAUCCACAAAAUAUAGUUGCCAUCGCAGAUUUCCCAUUUGGUGGUAAUAGAGAAAUUCAAGGUAAUGUUGUAUUUACAACAAGAGGUAAAUAUGUUAAUGUUCAUGUUGAUAUGACUGGAUUCCCCAAAGAUUCUGGUCCAUUUUAUUAUCAUAUUCAUGAAAGGUCAGUACCAGAAAAUGGUAAUUGUGAAGCUUGUGGUUUACAUUUUAAUCCUUAUCAUGCAGAAGUUAAUUGUUUAGAUCAAAAACAUGAUGGUUAUUGUCAAGUAGGGGAUUUAAGUGGAAAACAUGGAUUAAUUAAUUCAACAUGUUUUGAAUUUAAAUUUACUGAUCCUUAUUUAAGUUUAAAUAAGAGAUCAAAAUCUUAUAUUGUUGGUAAAAGUAUUGUUUUCCAUUAUCCAAAUAUGACUAAAAUAGCAUGUGCUGAUAUUGAAUUAGCAAAUGAUUUAAGAUUUCAAAGUUUAGUUGAUGAAUAUACUCAAACUGAUGAUACUCAACAAUUAAUUGAAUUACAACAAUCCUUAGAACCAGGUGUUGUAUUUGAUAAUUUAGAAGCUUUAAAAAAUGAAAUUUAUGAAUCUGAUGAAGAUGAUAAUAAAGAAAGUGAUGGUAAACAAAUUGAACAUGGUUUAGUUAUUCCACCAAUUCAAGAACCAACAACUAGUGAAGGUAAAGAAAUUCAAUUUGAUCAAGAAAUAAAAGAAGAUGAAUUAAAAACUUCCAAGAAGGAAAAUUUAAAACAAAUUUUAAAAGAUGCUAAAGUUUUACCUCAAAAAUUAGUAAACAAAACUAGAAAUCAUUGGUCAAAAGAUGAUGAAAUUCAAUAUAAUUUAGAUCAUAAACAUCAACAUCAAAGUAAAAAGAAAAAAAUUGAAAAAUUUUUAAAUUUUCAACCAGAUAGUAAUAAUAAAGCUUAUUAUCCUAAAAAUAAUGAUAAUGAGACAUUUAUUGAUUCAAUAUUAAGUAAUUUAUCAAACGUUACUUUACAUGGAGUUGAAAGUGACUGUGCAAAUUCUGGUUAUAAUUUUAAAGGAUUUUUUAUAAAUUUAUUACUUGGAAUUUUAACAUCUUUGAUAAUUUGA